AUGGCUUCUGCGCCCCGCAGCUCAUCCAGCUCAACACGUUCUCAACCUUCAUCGAAGACUGUGGUGCCCGAAAGGCAGAUCAACCAAAUUGAGAAGAGUGUCACGCAUCUCCUGGUAGCUACGAAACAACUGCUUGAAACCUUGACACAAUGGUCCCGGCGACAGGCUUCGGAAAAUGAGGUCUCAGAUGUCUAUGUGCGGUUGGGCUACGAAUUCAACCUGGCCUGUCGCGCCUUCAACGCUAUCGGAGUUGACACCUCAGAUCUUGGCCCUGUUCCAGACCUCCUCCGCACCAUCCUCGAAGAUACCCUUAGUCAAGACGCAUCCCCCCAGGCCCUCGAUCGCUACCUUCCACGGAUUCGUGAUAUAAUCAUCAAUCUUCUCCAUGGGCUCAAAAAGAAGCAGGCCCGGCUACGGUCCCGGCAGCAGAAGGAGGAAAGUAGACCUCUUCCCGGUCGACAGGCAAGUGCUGGAAGUGCUGCAGCUACGCAGGCGGCGAUGAACCAGGCCUAUGAGGAAACUGCAUCCACAGUGACCUCCCCGAAACGGUCGACCCGUCGCUACGGAAGUAAUGGCGCUGCCGAGGAUGCCGUGGCACGAGCGUCGUCGACGACAGCAGCAGAUGCGCGAGGCACGAGUUUUUCGGAACGGGAGGCUUCAAGGAGGGAGACGCAGAGUAUCUUGUCUCAAUCACCCCACUCAGAAAACGCGACACCUUCGAAGACUCCUGUGGCUCCAACCACCGCGGCUUCGUACCCCGCACCCCCGCCUCCUCCAAAACAGGAUGAUGCGCUAGGGGCUCUCCAGAGAAGCGGUGAAUUGGAGCGUCGUGCGUCUCGACGCUUUUCUGCGUAUCAGAUACAGAAGCACUUAGGUGGUUCGUCGAAUGGUGUUCCCGUGCUCCCAACUCAAAACUCCCCCAUCCCAAACCGUGGCCGGGAUGUGCGUGAAUCUCUCAGCGCUGUGCGCUUGCGAGGAUCUGUCCAUGCACGACAACGAUCCACAAACCGGCUAACCGAUCUAAAAGGUGCCGCGGCGCAGACACCUUCGAAAGUUCCUAGCAUUGAAGAAGAGCGCCCAAAAGCCAAUGCUGAAACACGUGCGCAGUCACCUGUGGAGGCCGCUGUCACCACCAAAGAUAUGGCUUCGGGACGCCCGGAGGGCGACGUAGCAGACCCCUCGGUGACCGGACGACAGCCAGCUCUGCCUCAACCUCCGGAUGAACCGGCCCUUGCCGAAGCAUUCGAGCCGACCAAGGAAGCGACGGGAGCAGCUCCACCUGGAACUCCAAAAUCCGAGCGACGCCCACCGUCGGCCGCUACCGCCACUCCGCCGCAAUCGUCUCAGUACUCUCCGGAACAGCAGUCUCCGGGUAAGGAACUUACCCUGUUUUUGCAGUACAGGAGCAAAAUCAAGAAGUUCGUCCUGCCUGAAGGUUACACGGGCCUGACCAUCGGGCGCCUUCAAUUGGCUUUCAUUGAGAAGUUCGCCUGGAAUACCCACAACAAUGGAGUGGAUUUGCCAGAAAUCUAUAUCCAAGAUCCCGUUUCUGGUGUCCGCCACGAAUUGGAGGACCUGAGCGACGUCAAGGAUAGAUCUGUCCUGGUGCUCAAUAUCGACAUUCUCGAUGAAGUCAAGAAACAUUUCGAUGAUGAAUUUGGUGGAGUUCGUCGAUUGAUUGAAGGUGUCAAGGGGGCUCUUGAAGGUCAAGAGAGCAUGAUGCAGCGUGUUUCGGAGCGCCAGCUGGAGGCGGCGAAAGAAAUGGCUCGCUUAGCUGCUGCACCUCCUGGUCCGGUCCUCGGCAACGCGAAUCUCGGGGAUAGCCAUAAAGGGCCCAUUGCAGGAAGCAACAAUCAAGUUGCAGAACUUCAGAGCUUGAGACGUGACCUUGCCGUCCUGCGCCAAACGUAUUCAAACUUUUCGUCAGACAUUGCCAGCUCCAUGAACGCGAUCCGCACCAAGGCAGGCAGCCUCAAGACUGCCGCUGCAGAUGUCUCCGUGCCAUCUUACGAAGGCGAUGCUGGUCGGGUGCGUGUAAAUGCUGGUAAGAAAGAGCUUGCCGAAGAGUCCGAACGCCUUGUGGCCCGCGUCGACGAUCUCCAGGACCUCGUUGAGGAUCUCCGCAAGGAUGUGGUGAGCCGUGGCGUUCGACCCCUUCCAAGGCAACUCGAGACUGUCAGCAAGGACAUUAGUGCCGUUACUAAGGAAAUCAAGAAGAUGCAAGAGUUCCUCAAGCGGGAGAAGCCUGUGUGGACGAAAAUUUGGGAGAAGGAACUUCAGCUGGUCUGUGAGGAACGGGAUCAGCUUACUAUGCAAGAAGAUCUCGCGGCUGAUCUUCAGGACGAUUUGGAAAAAGCCGCUCAGACUUUUGCGCUUGUUGAACAGGCGACCAAGCAGCAAGCGCUGCAGAAUACUACCGGCGGUCCCGCGCUGCGUCAUACUUCACGCAAUGUAGUAAUUGAUCCGGCAGUCGACCCGGUGAAAGCCAAGGAUAGCGUUCUCGGAGAGGUGCGUGCUCUGCAGCCCAACCAUGAAUCUCGACUGGAAGCGAUUGAGAGGGCGGAGAAAGCUCGCCAGAGAGAGCUUGAAACCCGUCUGGUUGGCAAAUUUCAGAAAGAACUCGGUGCAUUCGUUGAGGAAGGCAAGUUGAAGAAGAGUGGAGGUGUGGAGGAGGCCGAAAGACUUCGUCGAGCCAAGGAUGAGCGUAUCCGCAAGGAGGUUUGGGAGAGGCAACAGGCACGCGCGGCUGAAAUUGAAAAAGCUGAAGCUGAAGCGGCAGCAGCAACAGCAGCGCAGGCGGAGUCAAGUGAAGAAGCCGAGGGAGAUGCUGAAACCAAGCCCGACUCAGACGAUCAUCCAGCACCUGCGGAGGAGGUAGCAGCCACUGAGGGAACGUUUCUUCAAGAGAAGAAUUCUGCUUCCGAAGACGACGAGGAGAUGGACGAGGAGCAGAAAUCACCGAGCGUGGAAGUCGAUAAGAACGAGGAGAGCGAUAAUAAUAAAGUCGAACCUAUCGAUGACGCUCAUCGUUCCGAUCUCGAGCCCUAG